AUGAGGACCUCGGUUUUGGUCUUCAUCGCUUGCCUGGGAGCGGCCAGCGCCACCAGCUCCCUGCGCACUGCUGCCUUCCAUGACGACGUCCUGAUCAUGUCCCAGUCCGACCCACGGGCAGCAUUCCAGCGCUGGGCCCGUUUCUACGGCAAGACCUACUCCCCGGCGGAGGAGAGCCAGCGUCUGGAGGCCUUCAUGGCCAAUGCCGCGCGCGUGGCGGCCCACCAGGCCCAGAACGCCGGCGCCUCCUACACCCUGGGCCUGAACGGCCACGCAGAUCUGACCACCGAGGAGUUCCGCCUGCGCUACUUUGGCGAGCAGCCCAGGGACAUGCUGGCGCUGCGCGCGGCCGCGACGGCCGCCGACAACGGUAAGAAGUCCAAGUACUUCCGUGACUGGCCGUACGGGCACACCGUCCCCCCCGCGGCCGUGGACUGGACGGCGGAGGGCAUGAUCACCCCGGUCAAGGACCAGCACGUGAACGGCUCCAAGUGCGGCUGCUGCUUCGCCUUCUCCGGCGUGGCCGGCAUCGAGGCCGCCAACGCGCUCUACACCGGCGGCGACCUGGUCACGCUGUCCGAGCAGCAGAUCGUGGACUGCGACGCCUACGACUGGGGCUGCGACGGCGGAUCAUUCGUGGACGUCAUGCGCUACACCAUCGACAACGGCGGCCUUGUCCCCGACGCCGAGUGGCCCUACGCGGCCAAGGAGACGGUGUGCCACCGGCGCCGCGAGAGGAAGCGCGCCGCUGUGACCAUCGACUACAUCGUCAACCUGCCGGAGGCCAACGAGACGGCGCUGGAGCAGGCGCUGGCGCACACCCCCACCAACGUGGCCAUGUGCUGCGGUGACUUCAUCGACGCCUGGCACCUGUACACCGGCGGCAUCUUCAACGAGAGCGCGCACUGCACCGAGCCCAUCGACCACGCGCUCCUGGCGGUGGGCUACGGCACCGAGCCCAACGGCGACAAGUUCUUCAAGAUCAAAAACUCCUGGGGCGCGCACUGGGGCGAGGCCGGGUACAUGAAGGUGCGGCGUGGCAUCGCCGACCCCAAGGGCUCCAACGGCGUCGCCCUUAUGCCCGGCUACGCGGUGAAGAUCCGCGACAACCCGAGGCCUGAUGCGGCGCUCGUGGGCCGCAGGGCUGGUGGCAUGAUCACUCUCGCCGACAUCUGA